CCUUUUGGCCCAGCCGAGUGAGGGCGCCACUUAAAACGCCGAGGCCAUGGCGGAGACACGGCCGUUGAAGGCCGCUGGAGCCAUGCGUUGGUUGGCGCUGGGGCUGGCUGCCUUUGCUGCCUAUUGGGCGCCCAAGGUUUGGGUCAGCGGAUCCUUGCAAAACGAACGCAGGCCGGAGCUGGUGGCUUGUCGCACCACAGCGCGACGUGUGUCUUUGCCCAACGUGAAGAACAUUGAGUCGCGGAAGUCGAUGAAAGAGCACAAGUUCGAUGAGGAUGGCGGCAUGUAUGACAUCAUCAAGUACCCUCUGCUCACAGAGAAGGCGUGCCGCCUCUUGGAGAAAUACAACACCUACACCUUCCUGGUGGAUCGACGGGCCAACAAGCCCCAGAUUCGUGCGGCGAUUGAGACCAUUUUCGGUGUGAAGGUCCUGAAGUGCAACACCCUCAUCCCCACCUCCAGCUACACCGUGGCGUUUGGUCAGAAGAUUGGGAGAAAAUCACUCUACAAGAAGGCCUAUGUGCAGUUGAAGGAAGGAGAUUCCAUUGAUCUCUUCCCCGAUGACCCGGAAGCCAUCUAGCGAAUAGCGUCAGCCGGAGGGCCCUUUGGAUGGCUAUAGAUGCCAGUGACGUG